AGUUUCGGAGGGAGAAGUUCGUGUCCACGUGAAACCCAGCGAGCAUGGCGUCUGUUCUGGAACCAGAGGCUUUUCUGGCACAGAGACUAGCUUCCAACGAGAAGACCGUCCGGACCAGAACCAUCAAGAAACUGAGGAAAUACAUCAGUGUCCGCUCUCUGAAAGCGUCAGGAGGAAAUUUCCAACCACAUCUCCUCCUUCAUUCACAACUUUCAGGGUUUUGACAAGCAACUCAUGUACCUGGGAAGUUUCCUGCAGACCUUAAAAAGAGAGUGGACUGGUAUUGACAGGCUGCGGAUGGACAAGUUCUACCAGCUGGUUCGCUUCAUGUUCAGACAAACCUUUGAGGUGCUGAAGAGGAUGGACUGGGACAACAGUAUGGUGGAGAAGUUUCUGCAGCUGCUGACUUCAGACCUUCUUCAGAGUGACAGCAAGGCUCCGGCUGGGCUGCAGUUCCACAUCCUGAACCUGUACCUGACUGAACUGGCAGCAGUUGGUUCUGCACAGCUCACUGCCAAUCAGAACCUGACGUUCAUUGAACCCUUCUGCAAAACAGCAGCCAAAACCAAGAAUCGACUGCUGUUCAGUGCCAUCUGCAGCAACAUCUUCACCACCAUCAUUGACCAGGCUCCGUUUGCUGUUCAAGAUCUGAUGAAGGAGUUGAAAGCCUCAGACUCUUAUUCAGGGCAGGCUUCAGAGGAGGAGGAGGAGGAGGAGGAGGAGAACAGAAGUGAAGAAGAUGAAACUAGGACAGUCUGCAGGAAGUCAGCAGGAAAACAGAUCAAUGGCAGGAAACGGAGCAAAGAUGAUGACGACUAUGAUGAAGAGGAAGAACCAUUUCAGUUGGAAGACUCUGACAUCGGACCGGUUCUACAGUUUGAUUAUUCUGCUGUGGCUGACAAACUGCUGGAGCUGGCCGGUCGCAGCAGCACAUUGGGUCACAACCGACAAAAACUCUACAAAAUCAUCAAAGUGCUGCGUGACCUCAGUCAAGGGAUCUUUCCUCAGGACGAGGAGGAGGAGGUGUCCACAGACGAGGACGAUGACAUGUUCUGCAGCAGGAAGAGGAUGAAAAGAGCCAUUCGUAGGGAUGAUGAUGAGGAAGAGAUGCUGGAAGGGAAGAAGAGGAACAAAGCUGAGCCAGGAAGGAAAAAAGAGGAGCUCAGCAAGCAGAACCAGAACACUGAUUUUGUAGAUGGAUCAGUUCGUAAUGAAAAGAAGAAGACGAAAGAUGGGAACAGGCAGAGCUCAGAGCAGCCUGAAAGAGCUCAGUUCCUGGAGCCUGAAGUCACUGGAGGAGGACGCCAAUCAGAGUCUCCACUCUCCAGGCGUAGGAAUCGGUCUAAGAAGAAGAAACAAAGACGAAAGAAUGAUUUUUCAGCAGGUGUCGCAGGGUUGGAAGAAGAGCAGCACACCUCCACUUCAGCUGAGACGUCCUCGGAAGCUUCAGUACAAAUGACAAAGAAGAAGAAGAAGAAAGACCUGAAAGCUGAGAGUGACUCACAGAUCCCACAAGUCACACAUGAGACUCCAGCAUCACCUGAGGUCAGUGAUAAAAAUCCAGCCAAGAACAAAAAGAAGAGUCAAAAAGCUAAAGUGAAGCUUGUCUCAGUGAAUAAUAUGAGUUCAUCAACAGAGUUCAGUUCAAAAGGUUCAGCUGAAGAUCCAAACUCUGGGCUUCAGGAAACGUCUCAAGGUGCAACACACAUAAAGAAGGGUCAUAAAGCCGAGAAGGUUAGAGCUGAUACUGGCAAACUAAAAGCAGGAAGUGCCCAGGAUAAAACAUCUGAGCACAACACCGCAGGGCGGAGAAGAAAGAAGAGCAAACAAAAAGUGAAGCUUAUCCCAGAGGAGGAGAGCGCUCAGAUGCAAAACGAGUUGGCUGAUGCAGAUAAUCCUGCUCCAACACCACCUAAGAAGAAAAAAAGUCGUAAAGGAUCUGCAGAGGAAGAGGAAAAGCAAAGUCUGGUGGAUGGUCCAACAGGACCACAAACACCAACAAAGAAGAAGAAGAAAACGACAGCUGGUCAGGUGGACGCCACAGAAUGUCCAUCACAGGACUCUGAUGCUGGGAAACCAGCGAAGAAGAGGAAGAUCCCUGUAGAGUUUGAGUUUGAAGCAGACGAGCUGGAGGGAAUGGCAACACCGAGCAGCUCACGUCCAAAAGCCAAACGAGGCAGGAAAAGGCUUACUCCAAUUCCAAUGUCGGAAUCGAAAAAUGUGACUUUUGGACUCAAGAAUAAUAAAACGGCUGAGUUUAAGAAGACUGACCGCAGUUUACUGCUAAGUCCAGAUGGGUCGUCUCGAGUACCAUUUGACCCUCAGCAGAAACCCAAGUUUGGGGUUCUAAAGUCUCCAACCAUCCCCAGCAGCACCAAGAAGACCCGCUGCAGUACUCCAUGGAACAAAGCUAAAAGAAGACCCAUGGCAGCAGACUUUUUCUAAUAGACUUCAUGACAAACACUAAUUACGUUUUAAAGACGUUUUAGUUUGUUUAUCUGAUAUUGAUUUGUUUGGUGAUUCAGAAAUGUAUUAAAGUGACUCACUUUAGAGUUCCUGUUUUUAAGUUACAUCAUUCAUGAUUGGAAAGUAAAAAUGUGUUACUUGGAUUAUGUGUUGGAGUCAUCCAGCACCUCCCUGUUUCUGUGAGAUGGAUUAUCUGCCUCCACCAGUAUUGAUGAAAC